CAAGAAAGCAAAAGCAGCACAAUGAGCUCAACGCUGUCUUCAAAUGCAACUAUUGUUCGUCCUGCAAGAUUUUACAUCAAUGGACUUCACGGUGUUCCACACGUGAAGUACUAUUACAUAUUUCUGUGUCUGGUGUAUGUUGUGACAGUGAUCGGAAACGUUUUCAUUAUGCUUGUUAUAUACCUCCAACGCACUCUUCACACCCCGAAAUACAUCGCCGUAUUCAAUCUGGCUGUGGCCGAUUUUGGUGGAAGCAGUGCGUUAAUCCCAAAGAUAAUUGACGUUUUUUUCUUUAAAUCGCAAUACAUUUCAUACGAGGCAUGCUUCUCCACCAUGUUUUUUUGUUUUCUCUUCAUCCUCAUACAGUCCCUGACUCUUCUUAUUUUGGCAUAUGACAGAUUAAUUGCAAUAUGUCUUCCCCUAAGAUACCACGCCAUUAUCACUAAUAUAGCAAUGAGUAGCAUGAUAAUGGGUGCGUGGGCUUUCUCAUUGAUAUUGAUUGGUUUUAGUACAGGUUGGGCCUCGAGGUUGUCUUUCUGUAAUUCGAUUGUCAUAAAUAGUUACUUCUGUGACCAUGGCCCAACAUAUAAACUGGCCUGUGGCAACACAAACGUGAAUAACAUCAUGGCCUACAUUGGCUUCGUGGCUACACUCUGCGCACCUGUGAUUUUGAUUACAAUCACUUAUUUCUGCAUCGCCCUUGCGUUGAUGAGGAUCGCGUCUUGGGCGGAACGCACCAAAGCCCUAAAAACCUGUAUUUCCCACCUGAUUUUAGUCACCAUGUUUUACCUUCCCAUAAUAGCCAUCAACAUAGCGGCGGUGACCAUCCCUGUCCACCCGAACACACGGAUCAUUAACUUGUCUCUCUCGGCCACAAUGCCGCCUAUGCUAAAUCCCAUAAUAUACACACUCAAAACAGAGGAGGUUGUGGAAUCAGUGAAGAAACUCUACCAAAGAACAAAGUGCAAAGUGCAUACUCCUAACCAGGACCAAGUGCACUGA